GAAAGAGAGAGAGAUGGUGGGGGGGGGGGCAGACCAAAAGAAAAAGUGGGCAGUUCCUCUGGUGCACUCUGCUGGUUCCUGUAACAGUGUCACUGUUUGCUUCAGCUUCAACUGUUGCAUUGUGGCUCCAGAUGCAUUCUGUGAAAGCUGUUCCUGACGGUGAAACAUUAAUGGACAAAACUGACUAUUCGCACUAAAAACUUUUCUUUUCUUCAUUUGAUCUCUGGAGACUUUUUUUUUAUUUUUUUUUUGGAACUCGUGAAACAACUUUCAGCUCCGUGGACAGUUUGGAUAAAUCUUUUCAGGGAACACCUUGAUGACUGCCAGAGCAUCCACAGAGAACCGCGUCUUUGGUAUAGAUGAAGAGUCAAUACUUCCUUCUGAGAGCAGCUGCAGAAGACUUUUAAAAGGACUGCAAAGUUUUUUUUUUGAUGAGGAAACAACUCUGAGAUCUUCAUCGUGAGCUGACGGGUCUCCAUUAUGUUUCGGGAGACUCUGAAUUAUUUUGGAUCAUCGUGAACUUUAAAUAUCUACACCUUGAGGUUGACUAAAGAAAGAGAAAGAUGGAAAACGCGACCACAGACACUUACUUCCAUCCUCCAGCAGAUCCCUGGAUCCUGGUGGUGUUGGUCAACAUCAUAUUGAUCACGGUGGUGGGAAACCUGCUGGUGAUCAUCGCUGUGGCCCGCACUCCUCAGCUUCAGACUUCCACUAACAUCUUCAUCAUGUCCCUGGCUUGUGCGGACCUCAUCAUGGGAGUUUUUGUUGUCCCUCUUGGGGCUAGUUAUGUGGUGAUAGGUAAAUGGGAACUUGGAAUUAAGAUGUGUGACAUCUGGACUUCCGUCGACGUUCUCUGUGUGACGGCCAGCAUUGAAACGCUUUGCGUUAUAGCGGUGGAUCGAUACAUCGCCAUCACACGGCCGCUUAGACAUAAAGUGCUACUGAGCAAGAUGCGUGCUAGAAUAAUAGUUUGCUUAGUGUGGCUUGUGUCCACCUUAAUUUCAUUUAUACCAAUUAUGCAAGGGUUUUGGAGGUCCGAAGAUCCCAAAGCAAUGGCAUGCUACGAAAAUACUACCUGCUGUGACUUUGUGACUAACGCUUAUUAUGCUGUUUCCUCCUCUGUAGUGUCUUUUUACAUUCCACUGAUCAUAAUGAUAUUUGUGUACAGCAGAGUUUUUGUAAUAGCAGCGCGGCAGGUCAAGCUCAUUGACAGGAGCAGGAUGCGUUUCCAGAAUGACUGUCCUGCGGCACAGAUUGGCACCAACAUCUUGCCAUCUGUUUGUUUGAGCUCCAGCAGCUGCAGCACUGCAGUGAAGAGAAAGAGCACCAAGAGGAGGCCAUCGCGGCUAAUAGUUGUCAAGGAGCACAAAGCCCUUAAGACUUUGGGCAUCAUCAUGGGGACAUUCACCUUGUGCUGGCUGCCGUUCUUUGUGGCCAACAUUAUUAAUGCUUAUAAGACAGACAUUCCCGGGGACGAUCUUUUUAGAUUGUUGAACUGGCUUGGCUACGUCAACUCUGGCCUCAAUCCCAUCAUCUACUGCAGGAGUCCAGAGUUUCGCGCCGCAUUUAAGAGCCUGAUGGGGUGUCCUUGGUUGCCCAGCAUGUGGAUAAACACUUUCUAUAAGGAACUGCGGACCCGCUGCUCCUGCUUUCUGUGGCAAACAGACUCGGACACAAACGGCUCUUUGCACAAAUCUCCAAGUGGCAGAACUGAGGGCAGCAGCAGUCUGGGCAGCAGGAGUGAGGAAGUUUCCCUUAGUCAUGUGCAAUCCAAUGGCAGCACACGGCUGAGUGAUAUAUCAGAACCAGAGACCACAUUUUACAUUUUACAAGAAAACAACGGCUGAGCUGUAAAACGCACUUCUUCUCCAGAAGACUGUGAUUCCUGCAAAGUCUGGUGCCAAACGACAGUGAAGACAAGCUAAAAGACACAGAUCCCAACAGAGAAAGACACGGAACACUGUGACUGCCUUUAAUAUUAUUGUUGUGGACCAGAGAUGGACUGGUUCUUUGCAGACAUUUGGUGAAACCCCAUGAGCUCCUCAGUGUCAUUUACAUAUUGUUUACAAAAAAAGAAAGAUUAAAAAAAAAACUUUUCCCUUUGUAAGAAAGAUGCAAAUACUUUAUGCAUUCCUGAAAAUGUUCAGAUGAAAUGUACAGUGUGUGGCUUGUGGUUUCUAAAGUUUAUCAUGUAAGAAUAUAUUAUCUAAUAAGUUAUAUAUUUAUAAUACACUGAAUCUGUAGCAAAGUGCAAAGGUUGACCAUAGUGGCAAUGCUGUCUUUAACUGUUGGAAUAUUUUUACAUCUCAAAGUUUUCAGUAUAGUCAUCAAACAUAUGAGCUUUUUCUUUAAACACUCUUACAAUGUAUUCAGCUCAGUGAUUGUUUAAGCCAGGGCUGCAUUUACGCACACAUAGUUGAUCUUCAACACCCCCUCCGGGGCUCCACAUACGCACAGUUGGUCUUCAACCUCCUUAUCUAUCCUAAAUGAAAACAUGGCUGGAGGAAACUGCUGAUUCAAUCAAACGUUGCAACGUUUGAUUGACAAUAUAGUCAAUAAUCUGACAUUGUAUGGAAUCGAACAAGGUACAGUAUUAUAAACUGCAAGAACGUGUGUGAAAUGAAUCUCUUUAUGCCAUGUUGUCAAACUUUUUGUGCAUUUUAUAAAGCAGCUAUGUAAGCUCAAUAAGACACUCCAAAUUAAAGUAAAUAUGAAAUCUA